AUGGGCAAAGGCGACACCCAAUCCAACAGCCGUCAGCUUCUACCACUGGUCUUUAAAAACCGCGCACAUCAAAACCCAGACGGUGCCUGGGCUCAGUAUCCUGUUUCAGAGCAUACAUAUGCAACAGGGUUGCAAACAGCAACAAAUCAGCAGGCUUAUAAUGUUAUCAACAAGGUUGCAUGGCUUCUGCAUAACCAGUUGGGCCCGAGUUCGAAUUUUGAGACGAUAGCAUACAUUGGCCCAUUUGACCCGAGGUAUUUUAUUGUGGUUAUUGCCGCCAUCAAGGUUGGAUAUAAAGCAUUUCUACCAUCUCCACGCAACAGCAAAGUUGCGCAAUUGAAUUUGCUUUCACGACUAGAGUGUACGAAACUCGUCACUGUAGAACCACAGCCUCCUAUCAUUAGCGCUGUGUUGGAAGAAGGAUCAUUUACCGUAAUCCACAUCCCUUCUGUUCAGGACCUCCUCAGUGGUGAUGAGAAUAAUGCAACGCCUGAUUAUCCGUAUGAAAAGUCAUAUGAAGCAGCCAAGGACGAGCCGAUUUUUGUAUUACAUACUUCAGGGUCCACGGGAAUUCCCAAGCCACUGAUAUACACACAUCUCUUCGUGACUCGCACAGUCAAUCUAACGUCCCUACCAGCGCCAGAGGGAUUCUCAAGUGGCAAUGACACCAUACGUUCGGGGAAUUGGUUUACCAUUUUGGCACCUUUCCAUAUCUCCGGUAUUGGCUUUGGGCUUGUAGUGUCAGCGUUCAAUGACUGUGUGCCUGUAUACCCCUUGCCUACUCAGCCACUAUCAACAGCGCAGUUCCUUGAUGCAGUCAAACAUGUCGACAUGGAUUGGGCAUUUGCUCUACCUUUUAUUCUGGAAGACUUGAGUAAAGACCCUGAUGCUUUGGAAUUCGUAUCUCGCAAGUUGAAGCAUCUCUACUUUGCGGGAGGAAGCGUACCACAAGCAGCCGGUGAUCUUGUCGCUUCUAAGAUUCCGGUAUACCAAACAACCGGAUCAAGCGAAGUCAGUCUGCUGAGUCAGGUUCAUUCGCUUACCGAUGGGAGCAAGAAUGAAGAGAAGUGGGCGUACAUCAAUAUUCACCCUGAUAUUAACAUCGAAUACCGACAUCAUCAUGGAGAAUUGCACGAAAUGGUUAUUGUGCGCAGCAAGGAGAAUGAAGAACUGCAACCUGUAUUCCUUCAUUUCCCAGAACUACAAGAAUACGAAACCAGGGAUCUUCUAACUCCUCACCCUACACUACCGGGAUUAUGGCGCUACCGUGCGCGAAAAGAUGAUAUUAUCGUCUUCUUGAACGGUGAAAAGACAAAUCCUAUCUCCUUUGAGCAAGAAGUGUCACGACAUCCUGAAGUUCGCUCAGCUGUGGUCGUAGGGGCUCAACGUUUCGAAGCGUGCUUACUCAUCGAGCUUCAUCAUAAUGAUCCACUAUCACCAGAAGAGCGCGAGCAGGUUAUUGACAGAAUAUGGGAGAAUGUGCAGGCAGCUAAUAAAGACUGCCCUGCCCAUGCUCGAGUUCCGAAGGAGAAUAUUAUCCUCACAGAUCCUUCAAAGCCGCUGCCACGCGCUGCUAAAGAGACUGUUCAGCGAGCAGCAACGCUUGUCUUGUACGAAGAAGAGAUUGAAAAGUUCUAUGCUGAGCGUGAAACCCAGAAUCUAUUCUCGUCUAAGCCGGUAUCGAGUAUAAUCGACUUGGCUGAUCCGGAUGCAGUGUCUGCAAAACUAGGCGACCUUGUUUCGGAGAUCACGACUGGGAUACCGGCUUGUCUAAUGACAUUGAUUUCUUCGCUCUUGGAAUGGACUCGCUUCAAGUGUUACAACUGA